GGAUGGAACGGGAGAUGGAGGAGGACUAAGGUGCACAAGAACUUGAGGCAGAGAGCAAGUGGCCAACGAUGAGAGCGAGAGGGUGUUCGUGUAUGAGGGAGAGAAAAUGAAGGAGAGAGAGAAACGGAGGUGAUGAUCGACGCCAGGCUGCCACCACUCUGUAGCAGAGAGUGGCUGCAACAAAAAGCACAGAAUAACAUUCCUGACUCUCUGCUCUGCUUUUUUUUUCUCCCCCUUCUCUCUGCGUCUCAGCGCAGAUGAGAACUCCGCUCGCAGCUCUGCAGAGGCUAUGCUGAGACGGCUUCGGAAGCAGGAUCUCUAACUGCCAUCAACAAGUUAGGGUUGGAUGACCACAGCCGUGAAAGAAAUGAUCUUCAAUUAACCGUCUGAGCUGGCGUCAUUGCCGUGGACAGAAAACAAAAGGAUUAAAAGAAAGAAGAAGAAAAAAGGAGGGAGGGGGGAGAUCUCUUCAGUGGAGUCGCUCUGGAUGCAACUUAAAUAUAUAUAGAUGUAUAUAAAUACUUAUUUCAAGGAUUGGUUGAAGGGAAAAAAAAAAAAAAGAAAAAAAAAACGAUCUCUUCUUCAAGCCGGGAUUUUAAGGGUCUCUGCACAUUACCAGGAAGAUCUGCAUUUUAGGACAUGGAAUUUUACAUUUUGUUUCUACUGGGUGGGUUCAGAAUUGCUUUAUUUCCAAGGAAGCCGAUUCAUUUUCUGCUCAUUCAAAAGGGCUUUUUCCCUUUGGAUUUUUCAUCAAUCUGGUUGGUCCAAGAGUCUACAGAAAAGAACAGUUGAAUGCAGCCUUCGAUGUGCACAAAAGAAUGGGUUUCCAUUCAAGGUGGCCAUUGGUGGGACCUGCACCAGUGGCUCUGAGCGUAAUCAGCAUGCUCCUUGCGUGCCUGCUGUCUCCUGCAUCAUGCACAACCUGCCCUCAAAAAUGCCGCUGUGAGGACCUGCAGUUCUACUGCGACACCCAGGGGCUAAAGGCACCCCCAGACGGAGUGGACAAAGGGGCUCUGGGCCUGUCCUUACGACACAACAGCAUUACUGAGCUCAGCUCUGAUCAGUUUUACGGUUUUAGCCAGCUCACAUGGUUACAUCUCGACCACAACCAGAUUACCACAGUACAAGAGGAUGCCUUUCAAGGACUAUAUAAAUUGAAAGAUCUCAACCUAAGCUCCAAUCGAAUCACCAAGUUGCCCAAUACAACCUUCAUACACCUCAUAAACCUUCAAAUACUGGACCUGUCCUUUAAUCAAAUGACUUCACUGGAACCAGAACUAUUCCACGGACUAAGAAAACUCCAGAUACUUCACCUACGCUCCAAUUUACUUCGUACUACACCUGUUCGAGCAUUUUGGGACUGUCGCAGUCUGGAAUAUCUGGGACUAAGCAACAAUCGGCUUCGUAGCCUGGCUCGGAAUGGAUUUGCUGGGCUCAUCAAGCUUAAAGAGCUCCACUUGGAGCACAAUCAGCUGACCAAGAUUAACUUGGCUCAUUUCCCUCGUCUUGUUGCUCUCCAGUUUCUAUAUCUGCAAUGGAAUAAGAUAAACAACGUAACAUGUGGCAUGGAAUGGACAUGGACAACUUUAGAAAAGCUGGACCUUACAGGAAAUGAAAUCCGUGUGCUUACACCUGAUGUCUUUCAAACGCUGCCAAAUUUAAAAAUGUUGCUAAUGGAUAACAACAAACUAAGCAGUCUGGAUGCACAGGUUUUGGAUAUGUGGCGGUCUUUGGGUACAAUUGGGCUGUCCAGCAACCUUUGGGAAUGUACCAAAAGGAUUUGCUCUCUGGCCACUUGGCUAAGCACCUUCAAGGGAAGGUGGGAACAUUCCAUUCUCUGCCACAGUCCUGAGUACGCCCAAGGUGAGGAAAUACUGGAUGCGGUUUAUGGAUUCCAGCUUUGCCAGAACUUUUCAGCACCAGUCAUUCAGACCAUUAGUACAACCACAGACGCUACUACAGCUGCAGAGAUCACAAGCUCCUUGUUUGGAAUUAUGCAGCCAACCCCCACGCAGGACUAUGCAGAGGAUUUUGGGAGCUUUACCACAGUUGUUACCAUUACCACCACCACCACAACACAAACGCCACGCACUGCUCAAGCAACUACUGCUUUGUUGGAAGAGGAAUCUGUGACAGAGGACUUUUCAGCUAUGGACAACACUCUAAUGACUCAAAGGGUCAUCAUUGGAACUAUGGCGCUUCUAUUUUCCUUCUUUAUCAUAAUUUUUGUUGUGUAUAUCUCACGAAAGUGCUGCCCUCCCACCCUGAGAAGGAUACGUCACUGUUCAGCUAUUCAAAAUCGCAGACAGAUGAGGACCCAGCAACGACAGCCAAUGGCGGACCUCGCCACACAGGUACCCUAUAAUGAGUAUGAACCCAGCCAUGAAGAAGGGGCACUUGUGAUCAUCAACGGGUAUGGGCAGUGUAAGUGUCAGCAGCUGCCUUACAAAGAGUGUGAAGUUUGAACUCUUAUUUAUUUCUCUACCAUAUGGUUUGUCAUUUGACCAUGUAAAAUGAUACAGGGUUUACUUUUUGCUUUUUUCCAGUUUAUGUAAAAAGCAUAAUUUCUACAAGAGAGAUUUGAAAAUAUGUGAAAUAGUAAAAUGAUAUUGAAAGCUACAUAAACAGGCUGGACAGCUAUGAUAUGUAGAGAUAGUCACAAAUUUAUUUUUCUAUAAAUGCAAGGUUGUUCAUAUCAACCAGGGGCAAUCAUUUUAAAGACAAAAAAUUUUAACUGUGAGAUUUGUCUCUACAUUGUCUAUAUUUCAGCACAGUUACCACUCACAAAAUGGCCAUCCGUUAAUAGAAUAGAAUGAGUGAGGAUGUAAAUUAUGUCACUUUUCUGCCAACAGAGGGAGAGUAUAUGAAGUUUCUAUAAGCCAAUAUUUAAAAACACUUGAGAAAAAUGACAAACGGAAACUCUGUAUUCCGGUUUUAUAGAUGGAUCGAUUGAUUGAGAAAUAGGAAUUAAGUGGUUGUGGGUCUAAUCCUUAAAAUUACCAAUUUCACAUCUUUUCAAAGUGAGAAAAUACUUGAACCCAGCUGAAAAUAAAUCAACUUGAAGCAGAACUUUACCAAAUUAACUGCGAGCCACCUAAAAAUAGGAUGCCUAUUUUCAAAAAUGUUGUCUAUAUGUUUUCUGGGUGGAGAUCAAUGUUUAUUAACAAGCAAUUCAUGUUCAGUUACAUAACAUGGAGAAAAGUGGCUGUUCACAUCAAACUUGUGGCUCUUUAAAUCUAUUUAGCUGUGCCACAUCACAAAUACAAAUUCACUUGAGGGACCCAAAGAAUCUUUUAGAUCCCGUUAUCUGCAAUCCAAUAUUUCGGAACUAAAAUAUUUCGUAUUACAAAGAAAACUGCAAUUUUUUAUAAUUGCAGUAUAUGUAUUAUCCAAUUCCAAACAAUAUCUAAAACAUUACUUGAAAUAAUGAAAUUGAUUUAAAAAAAAAAAAAAAACAUUAUGUGAAACAUCAAUAAGAUGUAGGAGGUUAACAAAAACAAAAUGCCACAUAGAAAAGUUAUUUUAUAAAAAACAAAGCCUUUCGCUUGGAUCCCAUCCUUUCAACUACUUAUUCACUAAUGAGGAGAGACAGGCUUAAGAUUGAACUAAUUAAGGCCAGGCAAAAUGGAUCUAAUACUCUCACCCACACCAGUGAUUAACCAACAUUUGAGCACUUCACACAGAUUUAGUUGUAAUACAAUAAUCCUUCUCAACCACAAUACCAUUAAAUCUUUUUCUUAAAGACACUUCUUUAUGAAGUUGUCAUUUUAAUCAAGAAAUAUUAAUAAAAUUACAAACAAGAGUUUGGACAAAAAAAAGCUAUACUGGCAAUGACAGUUAAGGCAAGUGAAGAGUGACAAGUGACAAGGCAACACAAAUUGCUGAUUAAGAAACAUUUGUAUGCAGGAGAGCAUGGACAUUAGUAUCACAGUGAAAGUGCUGCAGCAGCUUCACACAUACUUAGUGCUUAGUUUGGUAGUGGAGGGAGGAUAAAACCACCAGAAAAACUAAGAGGAAGAGAGGAGGAUAUAAAUAAAGUAUUUGAUUAAAACAAAGAAAUAAAAAACCCGAAUGACAAUUCUGAAGACAGCAAACGUGUCAAUAAAUGUAAGCUAGUUAAAAAAGUGUUUACACUCAAAUGUCCAAUUCAAAUUUUGCAUUAGACCACUUUUUCAACCAUAGUAAUCAGUCUCUUUUGUUUCUUUCGAAAUUUAACAGUGGCAGUAAGCAUUGAGGAUUAUUAUCCAAUUCUGAUAGCACAUCACCUGUUACAUGGAAAUUAUUCAGAGAAAUUUGGAUGCAUCAUUUUGAUUUCAAGUCCCUAAAUGAAGGCAGCAGCUGCUCCAAUUGUUGCUUUGUCUCUCGGUUAAGUUUGUCAAAAUAUGGCUUCAAACUUUUACAUGAACGCUUGUGUUUCAGUGUGUCUCGGCAAAUGCUCAAAACAAUGCCUACAAAGAAUCUGUGUAUGUAAACCAAACCAAAAAAAAAAGUUACAUCUCUUUUUUAAUUCAAUGAAGACACUGCAUACAAAGUUCAUUUGAAAUUCUCUCCAGCUUUGUGCUGCAACUACUAGUGCCCAUCUAGUCUGUCUUGCAUGUUCAAAAACCAACUUUGAGUUGACCAACUGUCCUUUAGCAAACAUUAGGGUUAGAUGUCAUUGGUAUGAUGGUUGGGGGUGUAUUUGGAAUUCCAAGAGAGUCCUGUCGAUCAUUUGACUUUCACUGUACAAGACUACAGUGGCACCAUGAGACUGAAAGUCUACACAAUUUGUAGAAUUAUGCAUCCCUUUUUGCACUUUGGCUCUUUGUAAACUGUUUUGUUUCCCCUUGUCAUUUACAGAACUUUGUCCCCACCAAGCCUAAACAAAAAAAAAAAUACAAAAAUAAAAAAUACAAAAACAACAAAAAAAAAAGUUCAACAAUUCCUAUUCUCUUAUUCAAACUCUUUGUGCAAAAAGAAUGCUUUUCUCUUCCCAUUUUCCUUUUGUAUUGUAAUAUGUACAAUUUCAUAUCUGUAUAGUGGAUAAGAUGUGCCAAACUGAAAAAAAUAUUGUCCCUUAAAAACAUAUAUUUUUUAAAUAAAAUGGUUAUAAUUCACAGUGUUUCCAAAGUGAUGAACGCUCAAAAACUUGGUUUGUCUGUCAUUUCUUCCAACAAUUCUGCGUGUCAUGGUUUAGUAUUAAAUAUUCAUGUCCAAACAAAAUUAAAGAGCUAGAGUAAAUUUAAAUGCUGAAUUAUGAAAGUAAAGACUGCAGCAUCUUUCCUAGUUUAAAUUGUAGAGCUAAAAUAUUUGAUAUUUACUACAUUUCACGACUGCAUGUUAAAAUACUUCCAUUGAGAGGUUUAUAAAUCUUAAAAUUAUUAAGGCUUAAUUAUAAUAAUGCCCCACCGCAGACCAAUUUUCUGUUCAUUCCAGGUUUGUUUGGGCUUUAAUUGCACUAGUUAUAGCUUUCUUUUCUACAAAAUUAUAAAAUAUGCAUAUUUGAUUGACUGGUAAUUAACAUGGUUUUAGGACAGAAUGUGAAUAUGUGUUUUCUCACCAAGUGUGGCGGUAACUGAUGUUUAGUCACCAAGCAGCAACUUUCUUUAACAAAUUACUGUUAACCAUACACAGAGUUUUCAAACAUGGCAAAGUAAAAAGAAUGUCUAAAUAUUUAAUUUUGAUGUUUUUAAAAAAGAAACGUUUCAGACACAGUUUUCUCAGGCUAGUCUUCGCAUAUUUCAGUCACAGCAGUUCUGGUCACACUGUUUUCAAUCAUGACGCCAUAAAUCGUCUAGUAGGAAUGCAAAUAAACAAGCUUUAUAUAUUUUGAGUUCAUUUUCUAACAUUUUACAUUUCUUCUGUACAUCGGAGCCUGUGCAGUGAGCUUUGAGGCAAAAGUUUGAGGUAAAGGUUUGCCCAUUGUAGCCUUCUAAUGUGGUUAACCAUCAAAGCAGGUGUGCAAGUUUAAUCAAAUAACCCUGACCUUCUAAAGCUGAAUGGAAAAAUAAUUCAAAAUUAACCAGCAGUGACAUGAGCUUCAUGGAGGUAAAACCAAUCAUGCAUUAAUUUGAAUGUGAGCAACUGUAUAUGUCAAAGCAACCAAACAUCCUUCUGUGAUGUGAGAUAAUGUGGAAAAUGACUGCAUUAUAUGUAAAAAGGGGGGAAAAACAACGUAUUGAACUAUCAAAUGUAAACAUGUUUGGAAACUGCAGCUUAGAACUUCAAUUGAGCAGAAAGAAAAAAAAUCAAAGUCAUUUUCGAAUCAACAACUAGCCUUCCCUUAGGAAAAGACUUUAAAAGGUAUUUUCCUUCAAUUUUACGAAGAAUACUGUCAAUAGUUACUUUGCAAUAUCAGAGAAAACUCAGAACUGACUUUUAGUGAACUUUGCUGCCACCAUGCAGCAACCAGACAAAAAAAAAAAAAAAAAAAAAACACAGGAAACCUUUGGAUAGAUGUGGUUGUACAGCACUUUUUUCUACAUCUACACAGAAAGAUGCCCUUCUCUGAACUGCGUGAGUCACAUAUGCACCCAUCUUCUAUGGGUCUGCAAAACAAAACGGCAUAUAUCAUCAUAGCAAACAUCUUUGUAGAGUCAUGAUUAACCACAUAUGCUGGCCUGCUGUCACAAUGUAUAUUUGAAGCUUAAAAAGCACAGGGUUGAGACACCAGCUCUUAUACUGACAACUCCAUGCUACAGCUUUCAAAAAGCCACUAAAUCCACAAAACAUCUCACUGCAUCUUGUUAGCAUUGAUAAUAAUCUUAACAAGAUCCAUAAGCUAUAGGUUUGUAUUCCACACAGAAAUAUAGUUAUAUACAGUUUACAAGUAGAUCACAUAUUUAAGUAAAUAAGAGGCUUUUUAUGAUCAAAACAAAAAUGAUCUAUAAUGUGGGAAGUACAAAGACAAAAAGGUUUGAGUACAUGAACUCAAGAGUGAAGCAUUCAGGUUUAUACAUACAUGUACUUGUGAUUACCGGUACAUUCUAGAUUGCAUAAGUUCACAGCAGCCAAGAAGAGGUGACACUGAAAAUGUGCAAAAGGCCAGAAGAUUUGUGUACUUAGGGGUCACUUUGCCUCACUAGGGCCAGCCCUGAUGAGCAUCACAGUUUGCUGUUGAAUCUGAAUAUUGACAGAUAAAAGCGUGAUUCUUUAAAAAUAAUAAAAUAAAAUGUAAAAAAAAAAA